AUGGCUGGUUGGACGGUGGCAAUGAAGGCAUUCUACUUACUUAGCUUUGUCAUUCCACGGGUUAUCAUGAGGACAAGGUUUAAUUCAUUGGAUGAGGUAGUAGGUCGGUGUGAUUUUGGGAAAGAGAUAAGAGAGAGGAAAGAUGAGGGAGAGUCAAAUGUGUGGUUGGUGGAGAGGCUUUGGCUUGGUAGUGAUAACGAGCUGAGAGUUGGGUUGUUUGAAGGCUAUGAGCUGGUCUUUCAUUGGGGUGGCUAUGCUUUUCGUUAUAAGGUAUAUAUGAGGGCUUGGUAG